AUGACCAUGUUGGCGAUUGAAAAGUCUUAUAAAAGAAUGUCUCGAUUAAUGCUGCUGUUAUCGUUAUUCUGGCUGAUUGUUGCCCACGGUGAUGAUGUAGAUGAUGAAGACAAGAUGAUUUAUGUGGAAGAUAUUGAAUCAUUUGGUAUCCAUGGUAAUACAUUAUCUGUUGGUAGUAUUGGUAAAUUACCAGAGUGGGACUCGCAGGGAUACGUGAUGUAUUGUCCAUGCAUGGGCAGAUUUGGUAAUCAAGCAGAGCAUUUUCUUGGAUCGUUAGCUUUUGCUAAAUUAUUGAAUAGAACAUUAGUAGUGCCGCCAUGGCAACAAUAUUGUUACAUUAGUAGUAUUGCCUUUGAAUUAUUGUUUCUAUUAAUUGUACUGCCAUGUUUUGGUUUUCAUCAAAACAAAAUUUGUUUAUUUUCUCUGUUUAUACCACAGAAAAAUGUGCCUUACAGUGAUUUUUUUAAGUUUGAAGAAUUAGAAAAAAGUCAAAAAGUUAUACUGAUGGAAGAUUUUAUAGAAUAUCUUGCUCCAAAAUAUUGGUCGCCAGGGAAACGACAUGGUUACUGUUGGUUACCACCAAACUCAGAUAGUCAAUGCAAAAUGAAAGAAGGAAAUCCCUUCGGACCAUUCUGGGAUGCUUUUGAUGUUGAUUUUGAUGACUACGUUGUCUACCAUCUAAUUACAAACAUUGAUAUCGAUGGCACAGAUUCUAACAGAUUCAUUAAAGAGCAAUGGAACAAGCAAUUUCCAGCUUCCAACCAUCCAGUAUUAACAUUUAAAGGAGCUCCUGCUUCAUUUCCAGUCCAACAAGGAAACCGACAACUACAUCAGUACAUCAAAUGGAGUGAUAAUAUUAUGCAAGAAGCUCAUUUGCAUAUGAAUAAAUUAUUCCAUGGUGAAAAAUAUGUUGGUAUACAUCUUAGAAAUGGAAUAGAUUGGGAAAGAGCCUGUGAGCACGCUGAAGGCAGUCACAAUCUGAUGGCUUCUCCACAGUGUCUUACAACAGGACAAUUACUAAGCAGAGCCAUGUGCUACCCAUCAACAAAGACAGUGCUAGAGUAUACUAAAACUGUUGUCAUGGCAAUUGAUGCUAAACAUGUUUACAUAGCAACCGAUCAUGAUCCGUUAAAAGAGGAAUUACAAGAUUAUUUGGAGCCAAUUGGGGUCAAAGUUCACCACUUGAAUCCUGCCUUACCACAGAUUGACCUAGCCCUGUUAGGCCAAUCAGAUUACUUUAUUGGUAACUGUGUGUCAUCGUUCUCUUCAUUUGUGAAGCGUGACCGUGACACCAGUAGUGGAAAUAAACCCACUACAUACUGGGGAUUUGAGUUGGAGUCCUUGUGA